GAGUGCGCGCGCUGCCUGAUCUGCUCCCAUUCUUCAUUUCCUCACUAGAUGGUGUGAGAGCCGCUGGAGAGCAGAGCCCCAGCCUUCCCCGCGCUCACACUCUCUCAGACCAAAACAAACCUGGGAAAGUACGCGGAGCGCCGCCGUUCAGACGGGUUUAUACGAAGGGAAGAGCGGAGUUCACCUAUUUCUUAUUAAACUCACGCUUCUUUUUUCCGUUUGUUUAUUUUUUAUUUUGCUUUUUAAAUAACGGCGCGAAUAAGCCUCGAGCCGGCGGUGAUGGACAUUAUGAGUGCGGUGCAGGAUGCGUGUGUCUCCGGUCAGUGGCUCACAGCGAUCAUUCUCAGUCUCUGCUGCUUUUUGCCUUCGUGCUUGCCCGCUGGCCAAACUGUGGACUAUGCUUCGACUGAGAACGUGGUCAGCAGACAAGGGGACACGGCACUUUUGAGAUGCUACUUGUUGGAUGGGAUCUCAAAAGGAGCAUGGUUGAACCGUUCCAGUAUAAUAUUCGCAGGGAAUGACAAAUGGUCAGUGGAUCCUCGUGUAUCCAUCGUUUCAAAUCUGGGGGAUAAACAUGAAUACAGUCUACAAAUACAGAAAGUGGAUGUAACGGACGAAGGCUUGUAUACCUGCUCGAUACAAAGUGAACGCAAUCCACGGCCAAAGCUCAUUCAGUUAAUUGUAAAAGUUCCUCCCAAAAUAUAUGACAUUUCAUCGGACGUCACGGUAAACGAAGGCGGCAAUAUUUCACUCUUCUGUUUAGCCAGUGGCAAACCGGAGCCUACGAUCACCUGGAAACACAUCUCUCCAUCAUCCAAGCAUACCUGGACUGGAGAGAACAUGAACAUAACGGCUAUAACUCGAGAUGCAGCGGGGGAGUACGAAUGCGGCGCCGGGAACGACAUUGCCUCUCCUGACACCAGGACUGUGAAAGUCGUAGUCAAUUAUCCUCCACACAUUCAGGAGAUGAAGAGUCAUGGGGUCCGGCCUGGUUUACCAGCACUGCUGAGGUGCGAGGCGUCUGCUAUCCCCUAUCCAAGCUUUGAGUGGUACAAGGGAGAGAAGAGGCUUAGCAGGAAACCUGGCAUCGAAAUCAAGAACCUCAGCUCCAGAUCAGUCCUCACAGUCUCCAACAUUACGGAGGAUCAUUACGGCAACUACACCUGUGUGGCCACCAACAGGUUGGGAACAGCCAAUGCCAGCGUGUCUCUGACUCUGAUUAUUGAACCCACCACAACUAGCUCGACUGUCUCAAGUCCAGCCCCCAACACGGCUCCGUAUGGAAGUACAGGAGGAGCCGAGGUCCUGCUGGCCUGCCCGUUCCUGCUGCUGGCGCUCUCCUCCCUACUCUACAUUUACUAGCCCUGCGGACAGCCAUACACAAUGACUGUAAAGAACCCUUUCGAGCAUUUGCAAAUCCUUUGACAUCGCUGAUGACUGGAUCCAAUCUGGUACUGUUUGUUUGGGAAGCAGCGAGGGAUUUUAAUCAGCAGUACUUAUGUUUGGGAUGGUGUUUUUAUUUUUUUUUUCCUUUUUUUAUUUUAUUUUUUUCUCUUUUUUUGUCCUGUGAAAUUUCUCAUCAUGUAAAUACAUACAAUUUAGGCUUUUUUUUUUUUUUCCUCUCUCUUAUUUUAUUUUCUUGAUUGCCCACUCUGUGAAUCAGCUCACAUUGUCCUCUUUCGGAAAGCUUCAAAAUUAGCCGUAUUUAGAGGGAGGGAGGGGUGGGAAAGGGGCGACAUUAGAGGCUUUGUUGUUGGAAGCGGCUCAGAGGGUGCCCUAGCGUGCCGCCUCUGUCAGAGUGCCGCUGCGCCGCGCUUCCAUAUAGUCAGGCAUGGAAACGCAGCGUUUUAGGUCUCGGGGGUUCGACUAGCGGAUUUCAAUCCAGUUAUGUUACGGAAACAAUCCAAACAAAGCUUUGAAAAAGGAACAUUCUGAGAUGCUGAAACGAUGAUAAUUGUACGGCGGAUGACGAGCCGAAUGUGCUGACACAGAUUCGCGGGGUAGAGCGUUUCAUCACUGAGUAAGAAUUGCAACGUGUUGUGGACCAAAAUUACAGCCAUAAUUCAAUGAUUUAGCGCAUUAUGCUACGGAGGCUCAUUCGCUCUACACAAUAAGAGAGAAGACCGCACUGAAGGAAGUAGCACAGUCUCGUCGCUUAUUCACUAUAAUCAGCAUGCCUUGUCUGCCAUAACAAUAUCAACAAUAUCUUGACAGCAGAGAUUUCAAGAGAGAAGUAUUGAGAGUAUUUCCCAAAUACAUAACAAUAUUUGAUAUUUUGUAGACUUCUCGAUAUAUAUAUACUAGACCACAUAGUAUAUGAUUAGGAGAUGAACCCGAACCAGUUCCAAGCACUGAAUAUAUGCCAUACGCCAGAUUUGGCCGUAAAACAGCCGUGUUUUUGCAUCUGUGCGGGAAAAAAAAGAGCCACAAACCACGGAUGCUACAGUGUGUGCUGUGAACGAAACUACUCAAUAUAAGAUGUAUUUAAUUAAUGUGAAUAUGAUGUAUGUAUAAAGAUAUUACAGAGAAUCUGAUGAGUUUUUAUGCACUGUGUUCAAUUUUCCUGAUGUUUACAAAUUGACAGUAUGCAAAAAUGACCGCCAGUUGAUUACUAAUCCUAAUUACGAUGAUGGAUUUUAAACCUUCUCUUACAUUUAUUGAAAUUAUGGGUUUAAUUUUUAACGUCCACAUUAGUAAAAAUAAAGCAAGUUCACACCGUGUCCUACGCAGCUUAGCCUGUGCCUGUGGGCAGUGGAUGAACUAAACUACUUACUGUAUUUCCAACAGAACUUUUGUCUGAUCGCCUAAUUUUGUGUUUCACUAUAGCUACCACUUAUUAUUUUAUUUUUUUUUGAUUUGUUUAAUUGGUUUCAUGUGUUUGGUCUAACAUUUCUUUUUUUUUUUCCUUUUUUUUUCUUGAUAUUAAGUUCUGUUUUAUUAUGGCUAUAAUUUGUACAGGAUUUUUUGUAUUAAUGUAUUAAUGCAUCACAUGUACCCCCUGCUUUGCUUUAGUCCGUGUGAAACUUGUUCGAAUAGGGAAGCAGAAAAAAGCUUAUGUUCGCUUCCCUCGUGAGGACAGUAUGAAGUGUGGGUUUCAAUAUGUCAAUGAAUAUGAUCUGAAAGAAGUAUGCAGUAUGGCAUAGUUUACAAUGUUGUCUUUGAGUUUAGAUGCCAUAUCUGUCGUUGGUUCUUGUCAAAAACAAAUAGAUUCAAUUUAAGAAAAAAAAAAAAGAAAGAAAGAAAAAAAGUACACGUUUAUAAUCAAAUAAUCUACUUUUUAACUCAGAGGGUGUGAAGCAGUUAUACGAUAUAGAAGAUAAGUCGUGUGUGUAUUUGGAGAAAGUAGAAUUAAUUUUUUAUAUUAUUGGUAGAGCCUGUGUCUAGGUUUAGUUUAACCUCUACCCUAGUUCUCACACACGUUGUGUAUUAUGAUGUGCAGAAAUUAUGAUUGUGCUGCAUGUCAAAUGAAUAUGUACGUUUAAAGGUGGCCAAUGACCAUAAAUCAGUACUGUUUGAGUACAAAACCAGU